AUGAAAGUGUUUAGCAUUCUAGCGGUAACUCAAGCUGCCGAUUGGGGUUAUGAAGACCAGGGAGAUAGCUGGAACGAUGAGAAAUGCGUAAAUGGAACUCGUCAGUCUCCAAUUAAUCUUCAAACGAUAACUGCAACCGCCAAAGCCGCGGGGGCAUGGAAAUUCAAAAAUUACGAUGAAAAGGCAGAUUGGACAAUUGCAAAUAACGGUCAUUCCAUCGUCGCGACUACCAACACUGAUAUGCACAUGCACAGCGACACCUUCGGCGACGAUGACAACUACAAGUUCCACUCUUGGCAUAUUCACUGGGGCAGCGAUUCUGAGCCUGGUUCUGAACACGAAAUGGAUGAUAAGCAGUUCGAUGCUGAAGCUCAUCUUGUUCACUGGAACACGAAAUAUGGGGUAGUCUGUAAUUCUUUUGACGAAGCCGUCGGGAAAGGUGAUGGGCUCGCAGUUCUUGGAUUUUUCAUCGAAAAAGAGAGCGAAAACGACGCUUCAGAUGACCAUGAGCUCGAUCGAUUGAUCAAAAAGGACGUCGACGAAAAUGUUCAAGAAAUGGACGCACAGGUCAAUCCUCAGGAUAAGAGCUUGAUGGAACUCUUUGUCAACAAUGCUGACACUUCUCAAUUUUUCCGAUAUCUUGGAAGUCUGACUACUCCUAAAUGCCAAGAAGCCGUUGUUUGGACAGUUUUUGUUGACCCGAUCACCAUCAGCAAAGAAACCUACGAUCACAUGAUUGUGAUGACCAAAGACUCAAGCGACACUUCCCUCGUCAAAAACUUCCGAAACGUCCAGCCAGUCGAAGGCCGCGAAAUUACGCUCUACACUGCUGUUUCCUCCGCUUUGUCGACUUUUGCUUCACUCACAGUUCUUGCUCUUGCUUUCUUCCAAUUUUUCUAA